AUGGCGCACUCAGGGAGGACUGGGCGGAGAUUCCUAUGGCAGAAUAAGGGCCUCGACUUUUACGUGUCAUUGCUGGCGGACCAGUACUGGCAAGUCACGGCUCUCGAUGCCAUUUUGGUUUGGCUUCAAGAGGAAACCGCCAAUGUUGAAAGUCACCUCCUCAACAGCGAGUUCACAAAGACUAUCCUAUCCUCGUUUAGCACGAACAAACUCAACUCGUUUGACUCAAACCUACUGGAGCCGCUUCUCAAACUUGUCCGUUUGAGUCCUUCCAUUGCGGCCUCGCUAGCCGUCCCCGAGAUGCUAGCGGGCAUCUCUCAGAGGCUUGGCCAUAAGAAGCCGGUCGUCAGACUGAACCUUUGCGUCUUGUCCGCAUCAUCAUCGAUGCCUUCAUUGAUGAGCACCAUCCAGCGCCUCGCAGACAAGGAUUCUGCUGUCCUGGUGCGGAAUCUUGCGUCCGAGCUUGUGAAGCUGAGAGUUGGGCUGGAACCGUUUCCUGACGUGCUGGCCGCCCCGACUGUUAUUCCAAACUCGCCCGUGCCUUCAAGCCGACGGCCCGGAUCUGGAAACAGGCGAAACAACUCAUACACCCCACCAGGCCUUCAUGUCUCCAUGUCGGUGCCGCCUACUCCUAGCCACGCUAACCCGAGACACCGGCCUAGCAUCUCGACGUCUGGGGGUGCCUAUAUCGAAGGACGGUCCGACCGGAAUUCCGCGAAGAGUCAGUGGCGAUGUCUCUGCGGCAGCGAGCGUUCUCUCGAAUGGAAGCGCGUCCAGCAGUGGCAGCUCGUCGAUCCCGGGCAAAAGCCGUUUGCCGCGGACGUCUUUAUCCUACUCAAGAUCUAG